AUGUUGCUCACCGGGCUCAUUGCUCUCGCUACUUGCGCCCAACGGGCAUCAGCAAGGAAGCUAUGGGCCACCGAACCAGCGGAUCCAGCCAACAUUAUUAUGACUGCGUAUCCAUUGGGGAAUGGAAAGCUUGGAGCAAUGCCCCUUGGAUUAGUUGGAGAGGACAUCGUGGUUCUAAACGAACAUAGUCUUUGGUCUGGAGGGCCAUUUGAAAGCCCCGAUUACAUUGGUGGCAACCCGCCAGCUCCAGUCUACACUGCCCUUCCAGGGAUUAGGGAGACGAUUUGGAACACUCAAAUCAACAAUGAUAUUAGUGCCUUGUAUGGCGACCCAACAUACUACCAUUAUGGCAACUACGAGACUCUGGGAAAUCUCACUGUCAAGAUUGCGGGAGUUAGCAGAUACAGCUCUUACAAUCGCGCUCUGGAUCUCGAAACUGGUAUUCAUCAAACCGCCUUUACAUCGAACGGUGCCAAGUUUACCAUAACUACUUUCUGCACCUUUCCUGACCAAGUUUGCGCUUACAACGUCCAGUCCAACAAACCGCUGCCAGCCGUGACCAUUGGAUUGCAGGACAACCAACGAAGUAGCCCAUCGUCCAACUCUUCAUGCGACGCCAAUGGAGUUCGCCUGAGAGGACAGACUCAACAGGACAUUGGCAUGAUAUUUGACGCUCGUGCCCAAGUGCUUAAUCGGCCUAGGAAAGCUACAUGCACAUCGUCCCACGAACUCCUUGUUCCUUCAGAUGGCAAAACCGCCUCUGUAACGGUGGUAUACGCAGCCGGAACAAAUUAUGACCAAAAGAAGGGAACCAAGGCCAGUAACUACUCCUUCAAGGGCGUCGAUCCGGCACCGGCUGUGGUCUCCACCAUUCAGGCCGUUGAGAAGAAAAGCUUCAGCAGCAUGUACAACGCCCAUGUCAAGGAUCACAACACGUUGUUCAGCCAGUUCACACUGAAUCUGCCAGAUUCUGAGCACUCAGUUUCUGUGCCCACAGCGACACUAAUGGAGAACUACGACUAUAACGUUGGUGAUCCAUUCGUGGAGAACCUACUCUUUGAUUACGGCAGAUACCUUUUCAUUGGUUCAUGCAGGGAUGGAUCUUUACCACCCAAUUUGCAGGGCAUCUGGACAGAAAAUCAAUUCCCAGCUUGGAGUUCAGAUUAUCACGUUGACGUCAAUGUGCAGAUGAAUCACUGGCACACUGAACAAACCGGUCUCGGUGAUAUCCAGGGGCCUUUGUGGGAUUUUAUCAUCGAUACGUGGGUGCCGCGUGGAACAGAGACAGCAGAAUUGCUAUAUGAUGCUCCUGGAUUUGUAGGAUUCAGCAACCUGAACACAUUUGGGUUUACGGGGCAAAUGAACUCUGCUGUGUGGUCCAACUACCCAGCAUCCGCCGCCUGGCUUAUGCAAAACGUUUGGAACCGAUAUGACUACGGCCGCGACACGCACUGGUGGAAGACUGUUGGGUAUCCGCUUAUGAAGUCGGUUGCCGAAUACUGGAUCCAUGAGAUGGUACCUGAUCUCUAUUCGAACGAUGGAACCCUCGUUGCCGCUCCUUGCAACUCGCCUGAGCAUGGUUGGACGACGUUUGGCUGCACACACUACCAGCAGCUCGUUUGGGAAGUGUUUGACCAUAUCAUCGACAGUUGGGAAGAUUCCGGUGAUACCAACACCACCUUCCUCGAGACCGUAAAGGAGACCCAGUCAAAGCUGUCUCCGGGUAUCAUUAUUGGCUGGUUCGGUCAAAUCCAAGAAUGGAAGAUCGGGUGGGAUCAGCCCAACGAUGAGCAUCGCCACCUUUCUCACCUCGUGGGCUGGUAUCCUGGCUACAGCAUCGGCACGCACAUGUGGAACAAGACCGUCACCGAUGCCGUCAAUGUCAGUCUGACGGCCAGAGGCAACGGCACAGCUGAUUCGAAUACUGGCUGGGAGAAGGUCUGGCGAGUCGCAUGCUGGGCCCAGCUCAACAAUACCGAUAUUGCAUACACCUACUUGAAAUAUGCCAUCGAUAUGAACUACGCGAACAACGGCUUUUCCGUAUACACCUCUGGUAGUUGGCCGUACGAGCUGGCAGCGCCGUUCCAGAUCGACGCCAAUUUCGGAUACAGCGCCGCUGUGUUGGCCAUGUUGAUCACCGAUCUUCCAGUGCCAUCUGCGUCCAAUGCCAUCCACACGGUCAUCUUGGGCCCGGCUAUCCCAUCGGCAUGGAAGGGCGGUUCUGUUCAAGGCAUGCGUAUUAGAGGCGGUGGAUCGGUGGACUUUUCAUGGGAUAAUAACGGCUUGGUGAAUAAGGUGGCGCUGCAUAACCACAAGGAGUCUGUUAAAAUUGUUGAUGUGAACGGCAAGGUCUUGCUUCACAAGUAG